AUGAGCGCGGCUGGUCGAGGCGGCAGAGGGGACUUGGAAGCGGGGCCUGAACCAGCCACGGAUUCGGGUCUCGCUUCGGGAUUCUCGUCAACCGGAGGGUGGUCGGUGCCGUCCGCCGUCGAUAUGCGAUGGAGAGCACCAGGCGGCCAAUCGUCAGGUUCCAGUAACGGGGGCUUCACUGGAACGAGCGGGCUGUCGAUUCAGUCCGGUGGUGCACCACCAUCCACCCAAUCCGGCUUCCCGUUCUCACAGCCGCAGUCCGUCGGCCUCUCAGGAUCAGGAGGCCAGGCAUCCGUUGCAGCGCGGGAGCUGAUUGUCAAUGUCCAACCGCUCGUCUUCAUUCUCACCCUCAUGUUUCUCCUUAUGCUGCUCAGCUUCCCUCAGGCUUCAGAGUUUCUGCUGUGGGUGUUCAUCGGAGCGUUUGUAGCAGCCAUGCUGCGAGGCCUCUCCCUCUACCGCCAUCUAGCCGACCAAGCGAGAGCCCAGCGUGCCUUUGCCCGCCUCCUCGGCCUCCCCCCUUCCUCCACCUCCUUCCUCCUCUCCAAUCCAUCUGCGCUCGCCUCCCCUUUCCCCCCCUUUGGGCCGCCGUUCUCGAGUCUUCCCUUCCAGCCUGCAAGGGGUGCAGCAGUCCCACUCUCCGACCUCCCCUCCUUCCCCUCUCUCUCCCCUUUCCCCGCCUUUCCCUCGUCCCUCUCCCCUUCCAUCACCCCGUCCUCCUCGUCCGGAAAUCUUAGCCAAUCCACGUCAGCAGCGGCCAGAUCAGCAUCGGCUUUAGCUGGAGCUGAGUCAGCACGAGAUGGAGCAGCAGCAUCUGCUUCCGCUGCCCAACGUAUGCACGUGCAGCAGCCACAGGCACAGGCACUAUCAGAGCUCGGUGGGGAGUGGUUUGGAGUGGGGGAGAGGGGUGGAAGAAUGGAGGACGGGUCGUUGCUUGCUGCAAGAAUAGGCUCUUUGGUUCGAGCACAAUUUGGGCAGCAAGCUGGCGCUCAUGCACAGGGAGCUGCAGGCAUCAGGUAA